UCACGCUGAUACGAGUUGUCUGUUCCACGAUCAAUACGUAGACCUUAUAAGAACCUUUUGAGACCGAACCCCCUCCAGAACUCGUUAGACUGUUGACAUGGAGAGUCUGCUCGGCGCCGUGGCCGUGCUGGUCGUGUUCUUCGUGGGGUUGUUCCAGCCGGGAGCUGGUGAGGCCGUCCGGCCUUACACAUCUGUGCUGACUGUGACAAACGGACAGGUGUGGGGAACAUGGAGGGAGCCCGAGAUGUGUCCUGACCAGUUCUUUGCUGUUGGCUUCAGUACCAGGGUGGAGUCCAAAAGGGGAAAAGGUGACGACACGGCCAUGAACGGCGUCCGCCUCAUCUGCGGCAGAGACGGGGACCACAACUUCAUGUACACUGUGGAGUCUCACCCUGGCUUCUGGGGCGACUGGUCCCACCCUCAGUACUGCCCGGGUGGCGUGCUCAGCUCUUUCCAGCUCCGCGUGGAGGGUCGUCAGGGCAGGAAGGACGACACCGCCGUCAACAACAUCAGGUUCCGCUGCAGCAGCAGCCCCGAGCUGGAGGGUCCCGGCCUGGACUGGGGGGAUUACGGCGGAUGGAGCCAGGUUUGUGUCAACGGAGGAAUCUGCGGUAUCGAGACCAAGGUGGAGGACCACCAGGGGAGAGGGGACGACACCGCCCUCAACGACGUGCGUUUCCGUUGCUGUGCCAGAGUCCAGCAGACAGUGAUUGACCUCUGAGCAGCUUGGUCCGCCCCUCCUCCGUCACCCGGAAUUAAACAAUGACAAAUAAUAAAGUGCUCAUUUGAAUCGCA